CAUUUGUGGUCCGUCGCUCUAAACCUUCCCACUCAUUCGCUGGAAGAGGAAGCGGUGUCACUCGGAGAGGAUCUAUUCUUUGGGGCUAUAUCAAUCACUUAAAAUGCCACGCAUUGAAAAUGACAUCAAGUUGGAUUUCAAAGAUGUCCUCCUUAGGCCAAAGCGCAGCACACUGAAGUCCAGGAGUGAGGUGGACUUGAUGAGGAGCUUCACUUUUAGGAACUCGAAAGGAACUUAUAGAGGCAUUCCUAUCAUCGCAGCAAACAUGGACACUGUGGGAACUUUUGAGAUGGCCUUGGCUUUGUAUCAGUUCACCCUCUUCACCACAGUCCACAAGCAUUAUUCUGUGGAUGAAUGGCUGGAGUUUUCAAAGAAACAUCCAGAAUGUCUGGAGAACAUAGCAGUCAGCACAGGGACUGGUGAGGGUGACUUUGAAAAGAUUUCAGCCAUCUUAGCCGCUGUGCCGCAGUUGCGCUACAUCUGUGUGGACGUAGCCAACGGAUACUCCGAACACUUUGUCCACUUUGUCAAGGACGUCAGGCAGAAGUUCCCGUCGCACACGAUUAUGGCCGGAAAUGUUGUGACAGGAGAGAUGGUGGAGGAGCUGAUUUUGGCGGGUGCUGACAUCAUCAAAGUUGGCAUUGGACCUGGAUCAGUGUGCACGACACGCAAGAUGACAGGGGUGGGGUACCCCCAACUUAGCGCUGUGAUUGAAUGUGCAGAUGCUGCUCAUGGUCUUGGAGGUCACAUCAUCUCUGAUGGUGGAUGCACCUGCCCUGGAGAUGUCUCAAAGGCUUUUGGUGCCGGAGCAGAUUUUGUGAUGCUAGGUGGAAUGUUGGCUGGUCAUGUUGAAAGUGGUGGGGAGACCAUUGAAAAGAAUGGCAAGAAAUAUAAGCUGUUCUAUGGCAUGAGCUCUGAAGUAGCCAUGAAGAAGCAUGCAGGUGGUGUUGCUGAAUACCGAGCAUCUGAGGGAAAGACGGUCGAAGUCCCCUUCAAAGGCCCUGUGGAGGCGACAGUGCGGGAGAUCUUGGGCGGGGUACGCUCCACUUGCACCUAUGUUGGUGCCGGUAAGCUGAAGGAGCUGAGCCGCAGGACCACCUUCAUCAGGGUCACACAGCAGCUCAACACUGUCUUUGGAAACGAUGGAUGAACAACUGUGAGCCUGUCUCCUCCUGCACACGCUCCGGAAACACCCUGCCCAAAUAUCCCACUUACACUGUUGCUUUUCCUUUCACUUUAAAAUGCUUUUUGCAUAACAAUUACCUUUUUAUGCAAACCUGUUUUUAUGCAAGACCUGUCUUAAUUUAUUUUUUAAUUAUUAGGUAAAUUCAAUUGAUUAGCAUGUUGUUAUUUGGCGUAUAAUAGAAUUAUGCCAUAAUGUAUGCAACUAAUGUUAUUAGACUGUUUGAGGUUUGAGCUGGUUUGGUUGGGUGAGUAGAGUGGUGUGCCUUAUGUGAUCCUCUUACACUGGAUGUAUUGACCUCACUGGACUGAAGUUCACAAUGAAGAGAUUUUUUUCACCUUUAAAACUUAAUGCUAUUUGUAUUCGCACACAUUCAGAUUUCAUCAUGUCAUUAAAACAUUCCACACGCAUGGACUUGUAUUUCUG